AUGUCGAAACGACCAAAGUCAAUUGAUGAUUUGCUAAAAGACGAUGAAUUCAAAAUCCCGAAAUUCAUCUCCAAAGAAAAGAGACAGAAAUUGAAAGAACAAAAACAGCCAUCGCUUCCAACCCCGAAACCAAAACCUAAGAUCACCUAUACCAACGAAUCAGAUGAAGACGAACAAGGCAGACCGGAAAUACCGACACCCAAGUCCAGAAAGAAUGGUCCUAGAUUCCAAUUUGGUUGGGAUGAGACUGAAGAUACAACAUCCAUACACACCCCAUUAAUUCUGCUUGAUGAUGAUGAUGGGGAAUCUGAAGACGAAAUAGAUGAUUUACCUUUAGAACUACAUUGGAGUAGAAAACCACUUGAACAAAUGAAUCGGAGAGAUUGGCGGAUUUUCAAAGAAGACUUUAAUAUCACAACCAAAGGACAAGACAUCCCUAAUCCACUACGAACUUGGAAAGAAAGUAAUCUAUCACAGGAACUUAUCGAUUUAAUAAACAAAUUCGGAUAUGAGAAUCCGACACCUGUGCAGAGAGCAACUAUCCCAUUAUCAUUGUCUAAAAGAGAUGUCGUAGGUGUUGCCGAAACAGGGAGUGGGAAAACCCUUGCGUUUUUGAUUCCAUUGUUAAACUAUCUCCUAUCAGUAGAUGAGAAUUAUCUUAAAUUCGAGCAUCAUCAAGGAGCUAAUCAUAAUCAACCUCUAGGAUUGAUACUUACUCCAACUAGAGAAUUGGCUCAACAAAUUACUCAAGUAGCGAAUCAGUUUGGGAAAAUAUUGGGAUUUAAUGUGAUUUGUAUAAUUGGUGGUCAUGGAUAUCAAGAAACUAUUAAUCAAGUCGAAAAUGGUGUGCAUAUAAUCGUUGCAACUCCUGGAAGGUUAGUAGACUCUAUUGAAAGGAAUAUUAUUGGAUUGAGCAAAUGUUGGUAUUUCAUUAUGGACGAAGCUGAUAGAAUGAUAGAUAUGGGGUUCGAAAAGGAUUUGAAUACGAUUAUUGGUGCAUUACCAAGCAAUGAGAAAUUGUCAACUACUAUAGAUGGCCGAAUUUUCAAUGUGACCAAAAGACAAACUAUGAUGUUUACUGCUACUAUUUCUCCUCAGAUUGAGAAAAUCACUAAGAAUUAUUUGAUCGAUCCAGGAUAUAUCUAUAUUGGAGGUGCUGGCGAAGCAUUAGAUCAUAUUGAUCAAAAGUUUGAAUAUAUGACUAAUACUCCUAAUGAAGAUUUUGAUCGUGUAAGGUUUGAUAAGUUGUUGAAAAUUAUAUCGAGACAUAUUCAAAACACUCGAAAUCCUUUAAUUAUCAUAUUUGCAAACUUUAAACAAACUUGUGAUGUUCUUUCGCAAGAAUUAGCAGAGAAUGGAUAUAAAGACAAUACCGCUAUUCAUGGAUCUAAAUCUCAAGAUAUUCGAGAACUGGCAAUUCAAAAAUUCCGUCGUCAUGAGAUUAGAAUAUUGAUAGCAACGGAUGUUGCGGCAAGAGGAAUUGAUAUACCGAAUGUCACACUAGUAAUUAAUUUCCAGAUGACAAAGAAAUUUGAUGAAUAUAUUCAUAGAAUAGGUAGAACUGGUCGUGCUGGAAACGAGGGUGCCAGUGUUACAUUUAUUUCCAAAGAGGAAGAUGAACAGAUAUUUAUUCCGUUAAAGAAAUUCUUGGUGAAGGGUGGGAAACGAUUACCUGAAUGGUUGUACAGUUAUAAAUCUCAAACAAUGCGAGAUUGA